AAAGAGGAAACCAAGUGGUGAUGGAAUGGAUGGCUGCAGAUCAGCGCCAGUGCGCAGGUCAGGCAAUGCAGACAUGUGUGCUGCUCAUCUGCGCACAUAAACCUGCAAACAGAGACAUUUAAACUGCAAUGUUGGUAGUUUUGGCAUAAAAACUACCAACAUUGCAGUUUAAAUGUAGCUAAAUUUGAUAAGCUUUUCAUCUCAAAAAGAAGAAAAUAACAUUCCUAAAUUGUUUUGUGUUUAUAUUUCUAAAUUAGAUGCACACUUCUGCUACGAUAAAUAAAAAUAAUUUUUUUCAUAAAAUCCAUUCAUGUUAAAAUCCCAAAGUGCCGAUGGCAGUUUUAUCUCAUUGGGAGAAAGACUUACAACUCAAAUUCUUUGACCAAUCACAUUUAGACUGUUUGUCAAAGACAACCAAUAGCAUCGAGCUACCAAACCAGGCAUCCAAUCAGAAACAGGUAUCGGGUCUUUUAAAACUGUUUCAGGAAGUGGCCUUAUAUACCAGGAAGUUGUAAACAAAGCUGACAGCUAUUUAGUUAGCGAUUAACCACUUCUGAAUGGGCGUUGAGCUUUUUUUUUUUAAACAGGUGGUUAUUUUAUAGAUGUCGGAAAUAUUGUUUUAACAUCGCCAACUAAAUUCCUUUUUAGAAAUCUUUCGCGGCUAAUCUGUCUGAUCUGUUAGCCAAAGUAAAGUCUUUCCGUUUACAGCUACGAAAAAGCUAACAAUUAAACAAGGACGCCAGAAAUAUCCAAACAUAGUAAAUUUUAAUAGUUAACAGCUGAAUGGUUAUUCAACCGUCAAGGUACUAGUCGAUAGUUUCGAUUACCUGCUGCCUGUAGGUAAAACAAACAAAAGGGCCGAGCGUUCGUUCGUAACAGAAACUACCAUGUCUACUUCCAACGCAAGUUUUAAAAACAAAUGCGUUGCCCAGGUGAACUGUAUAUUCUGUGAGAACCUGCUGUGCACCAGAGGAAUGAAGGCGGUGCUGCUUGCAGACACCGAAGUGGAGCUUUUUUCCACGGAUAUACCUCCAAACAGAACUGUUGACUUUGUGGCCAGCUGCUACUCCACUGACAGCUGCAAAUGCAAACUGAGAGACAUUGCAUGUCUGAAAUGUGGAAACGUUGUGGGCUAUCACGUCGUGGCCCCCUGUAAACCAUGCCUACUCUCAUGUAACAAUGGCCACUUCUGGAUGUUUAAUAGUGACGCUGUAUCCACACUCAACAGACUGGAUGCAACGGGUCUGAAUCUGCUGUUGUGGGGAGAUCUCCCCGAGCUAGAAGACAGUGAAAACGAAGAAUCGGAAAGCCCAUCGGAGGAGGAGUGCAUCAGGUAGAGUGGGAAAAGGACAAUCCAAGGAGCCCUGGAGGCUAACAUUUGACAAGUGUGUAUGAAAUGAAGCAGAAAAGAGGAACCUUAAGGGGUGAUUUAACACAGACUCUGGUGCCGCAGUGGGUUUUAACUUAAACACCUGCUGUGACGUCUCUGACUGGGGGGGUAUUCAUGAACCAAACAUACGGUACUUGACAGGUUAGGUCUAAAAUACUCUUUAAAUUGCCGUCUUCUCUUUCCCCUACAGCAUUAAAGCACAGACACAUGCACUCCUUUCAGUUUUCACGGACAGCUGAAAAUGUAGCUAAAGUGAACCAAAAAGUCAGAUUGUGUGAUCUACUUUCCUGAGAAUAUAUUUUUGGAUCACCUUAAUGACAAAUGAAACAUGCAGGGGGACAUUAAUGUGGGUUUAAAGCAUUUAAAUCCAAUUUUCCGAAUAAAAGAAAUUGCCAGUUUGCUUAAAUUAGGUGGAAGUUGGAAUCUGUACAUUGAAUAUGCUGUCAGAAGAUCGGCCCUCACCCUUUUUGUCUCAUAAGUUUAUAUUCUGGCUGGGUGCUGAUUGAUACCAUGAGUGACUUUUUGUUUUGUUUUAAAUUUCACAUAUAUCAGACGAACGGCACAAAUAUUAAACGACGUACAACUUUCUUACUUUGAAAGGGCAUAUUUAAGUCUUACAACCUAUUAUUCUAUCAGUGAUAGAUGUUGACAUGCUAACACAGUGUUUGUUACACUUUUAACAGCAACAGUACACACGUUAACACAACAUGACUGAUGACGUACUAAUGUACUAACAGAUGAACGGGGAUCGCUUUCAAAAAGCUGUUGAAUUUUAACCUUUUUUCUGUCUUUUGGUCUAACGUCUUAUAUAAAAACUAACAGAGGCCUAUUAUUAUUAUUAUUAUUAUUAUUAUUAUUAUUACACAAGACCAAUAUGUGAUGGAAAAUGGAUAUCAGCCUUUCUGGUUUGUUUGUGUUUGUAUGAUGUAGCAAUGUAACUGUAAUAUCUGGGCCAUGGAGAAGUGGACUCCCAAAGAAUCCUCAAGCAUAUCAGUGUUUGACUGGCAGACUGAUCCUCAUGCUUAUGUAUUUGGGCCGUUUAUGUUGAUGCAUUCCACAUUUUUAGGAAAAUCUGUUGUAAACUGUAAAACAAAGGAUCCAGUAUUUGUUAAGAAAUAACAAAGAAGUGAACAGGGUUUGUCAUCAUUUUCAACUGAGACAAAACUCAACAGAAACUGUUAUUUCUGUUUCACUCUUGUGCUUUGGAAACACUUUAAGUCUUAAAUUUCAUCUCUGAGUUUUGCCAGUAUUUUUGGCAAGUGUUAGUUUUAUAAGAAAGCAGCGAAUGUGACGCUUAUCUGACGGUACUGGAUGAAAGAAGUGGCCUUUUGCGGUCCCAGCCGGUUUCCUGGUUCAUCGAAAGAAAAGAAAAAAUUAAAACUGACGGUGAUCAUAUUUUUAAAAAAGCUUUGUGUGGAUAGAAAAUUCUAUUAGCUUGAAAUGAUUAAAAACAAAAAGCCAAAAGUCUGUUAUCGGAUUUUUCCUUUUUUUAUUACAAACUUUGUUUACAAAUGCUUUGGUUUGUAUCAUGCUACAGUACUUCAUAUUGGUUUCUUAAUAUAAGAACACAUGGUGUUGUGCUUUGUUUUUGCACAGUAAAGAUUGGAUGUGUGACGUUUUACCUCAACAAAGGCAUCGGUUGUGAGUCUCCUUUGGCCAGGACAUUUGUAAAAUAUGAAAAUUAUUUAAAUGGCUGUUUCUGAAGUGAAUAACUUUGAAUAAUGGGCCCUGCUGAAAAUGUAUAUUUUGAAAUUGCACUAAAACCUCAUUGGUUGUUUGACAAUUCUGUCUUGUUUUGUAUGCUGGUUAAAAUAUUAAAGUUUUUCUUUCCUCAAAA